AUGUUCAAUUUAGAAUACCGAAAUCAGCCAGAGCCAUCAAGCAGCACAGGCCACAAAUUUACUCGGGAAAUGAUAAACUCAUUACCCAGAAUAGAAGCCCCUCCACCCAGAGAAGUCUCAAUGGAGGCAUAUGUAAAAGCAGAGAUAGAGAAAGCAGUUCGAGAAACCCGCCUCAUCUAUCAAUCACAACUCGAAGAAGUGUCCGUAUUAGAGAAAAGACUCAAAAAGGCGAACAGAGCACCACCACUCCCAGAAAGGGAAAAAGAUCACCUCCGUGCUGUCUUUAUGAAAGAAGGAGAAGCAGCGGCAUUUAGGACCAACUGGCUUGAGAAUAGGGUCAACGCCCAACAGCUGGGUUUAGACAUUGAUCAUACAUACAGAAGUUGGUUAUACUUUGCGGACAAGAUGGAGGAGAGAUUCAAAGACAAUUUCGAGAAAGAGAGCGCAAAGAAUGAGAUUCUGACCCUAAAGCAGGGAGCAGAAACAGCUCAAGUGUUCUUUGAAAAAUUCAAAGAAAAAUGA